ACUAUCUGACAGCAACUUACUGUACCUAUUUUCAAGCCUUGUACAUAAUCAAUAGACGCAAUAAACCCGUGCGAUCGUGCAGAUACGCGCAAUUUUGAGUAGUUAGUAGUAGUAUACCUACAACUGUUACAAUGUUAUAAAGUAACUAAGUACCUGUUGAUCAAAAUAUUUAAAAAGUAUUCACAAAAUAACUUACGUUCUGUUUAUAAAUAAACUGUAUUUCUCAAGAAAUUAUAAUUUAUCAGUAACUUAUAUAUUUACAAAUGUCUUAUGAUAAUUACAAUUAUCAGUUAUGUCAAGAUAUGGAUCAAAUCGGGGAACCUGCGGCUGAAAAUUUGGUAGGAUUUAAAUUUUUAUUGGGCGUUACCGAAGUAGUCGGACUUGUUUUAAUAAUAUUAAUGAUAAUAUGGACUAAAAAUUUCCAAGGAGGUUUUGCAUGGACUGAUAAUCUUACGCUCCAAUUUAAUUGGCAUCCAUUAUUAAUGACUAUUGGCCUCGUAUUUUUGUAUGGUAAUGGUAUGCUAAUUUACAGAUCACAAAGAACCGUACGCAAAAGAAGACUGAAGUUAUUGCAUGGAGGAAUUAUGAUUUUUACACUUGUACUGACUGUGGUUGCAUUAAUUGCCGUAUUUGAUUCGCACAAUUUAAAAAACCCGCCGACUCCAAACAUGUAUUCAUUGCACAGUUGGGUUGGACUCAGUAGUGUCAUUCUAUUUGCAUGCCAAUGGCUGGCAGGUUUUAUUUCAUUUUUAUUCCCUGGUCUUCACGUAUCAAUACGUUCGGCAUAUCUACCAAUCCACGUUUACUUUGGAACCGCUGGAUUUGUUGGUGUUAUCGCUUCCUGCUUAAUAGGACUAAAUGAAAAAGCUUUUUUCGCAUUAGAGCCAAAAUUAUAUUCGCAAUUCGUACCUGAAGGAAUUUUGAUAAACGUCAUGGGCCUACUGUUUAUAAUUUUCGGAGGUCUUACUGUCUACCUAGUGUCUCAUACCGGAUACAAACGACAACCACGCACUGAAGAUGAUAUUUUAUUAACUGGACGUCAGUAAAAAAUGUUAUUAUAUAUUUUGUGUCAAGUGAUUUUAAAGUAUAUGUGUGCUAAAUAGUAUUAAAAAAAUGCUGGUGCUUGUAUUUUUUAUGUUCUAAUAUUUAUUGAUGUAUGAUUCUAUUAAUAAUAUAAUAAAAAAUAUAUAUAUGUAUA